AUGGGUGGCAAGCCAAUGCCCAGGGGUGGUGGCAGUGGCGGUGAUAGCGGUGGUGGUGGUGGUGGUGGUGGUGGUUCAAGGCUCAAUCAGGGCAGCAACAAUGGCACCAUGCUGAGCUCAGGUACAGAUGAUGCAGCACGGGCAGCAGCAGCACAGCAGCAGCAGCAGCAGCAGCAGGAGCAGGAGAAGCAGGAGGAGAAGAAGCCAAAGUCCCGAGGAUCUAUCAGCGUCCAGCAUCCCUCACCACCUAUCGUCUCUUGUUCCCUGUCGGUGUUCACUCUGCAGCAGCUAGCAGCAGCAACUGACGGCUUCAAUCCCUCUCGCCUGCUGGGCCGCAGCAGUGGGGCAGCGCAGGGGGAAGUGUGUACCGAGGGGAGCUGCUGGGGCGCCCUGUGGCGAUCAAGCGGCUGCAGGGCCCGGGAAUUAGCCACAGGAGUCCGGGACCCUACUCCACGUCAGCUGCCACGUCAGCUGCCUCGUCAGCGGCCACGUCAGCAGAGGCUGAGGCGUUUUGGAGGGAGGUGGGGGUGCUGGCGAGUGUGCGGCACGCGCACGUGGUGGGCAUGGUGGGGUGCUGCCCUGAGGACUUCUCCCUUGUGUAUGAACUCAUGGUGGGAGGGUCUCUCUGGGACCGCCUACACCCACAGCUGCAGCAGCAGCAGCUGCAGCAGAAAAGGCAACAGAAACAGCAGCAGCAAGAGCAUGAACAAGGGGCAGCCACCACCCCGCCUCCCUCCCCUCUCCCCGCUCCCCUCCCAUGGCACCAUCGCCUGUGCAUCGCCUCUGAAAUCGCCUCUGCGCUCCUCUUCCUACACUGCCACAGCCCCUAUCCUCCACUCCGACCUCAAACCCCAAAACAUCCUUCUCGACAGCCAUGGCGCCAGCAAACUUGCUGAUACAGGCCUGGCGGGGCUCAGUUUCUUCGGCUUGCUUCCGCAGAAUCACCUCGAGGUCACGUUCAAGGUGCAGGGGACGUUUGGGUUUUUCGAUCCGGAUGUUGUGGUUACCACCGGGGAGGUUACGGCAGCGAGUGAUGUGUAUGCUCUGGGCGUGGUGCUGCUGCUGCUGCUCACCGGGAUCGAAGAUGUGAAAGAGCUGGCCGAGAGAUUGGCUGCCCGGGCUCUGCGAGUGGCGCUGCAGUGUGUGGAACGGCGCGGCGUGGAUCGGCCAGACCUGCAGACAGUGGUGCACCCGACCCUGGCUGCCAUUGCUAAAGAGGUGCGGGAGGUGCAGGCGCGGGAGGUGCAGGCUCGGGAGGAGGUGAAAAAGGGGAGGGACUGCGGUGAUCAGAAGAAGAGGUGA